AUGCAUCCUAUUCAUUUGCUAUUACUAUCCAUUUUAAUCUUGAGCUGUCUCACGCACGCCAAGCUGCGUGAAAUCGAGCUUACAGUAUCAAGGCAGGAGAUCAAUCCCGAUUGUUAUUCACAAGGCUAUCAACGACUUUUGGUGAAUGGGGAGCACCCUGGACCAGUAAUCCGUGUCAACAAGGAUGAUGAAUUACAUGUCAAAGUACACAACGAGGGUCAUAGGCCCACCUCCAUUCAUUUCCAUGGUAUCUUUCAGCUGGGAACAACUGAAGCGGAUGGCAUGCCCAACGUGACCCAAAAUGAUAUCCCUCCUGGUGGUACUUUUGAACAUCGUUUUCGGGUCUCCGAACAAACAGGCACCUAUUUUUACCACGCUCAUAAUGAUCUUCAAGAUGAGUCUGUUCACGGUGCUUUCAUUGUUUACGAAUCGGAUGAAGCUUGGCCUGGCAAAGAACACAAGCUAUGUGAAUACGGUCAAGAAUACGACGACGAGCACAUUUUGCUAUUGGGCGAGCACUGGCAUCAGCAUGACAAUGAGCGACUUGAUUAUGUAUUGGGUCCACAAUACGCUGGCAUGAUUGCUGCUGAUAGCUAUCUAUUGAAUGGCCGUACGGUGUUUGAGCAAAAAGGAGGAGAUGAUGAUGAGGAUGAGGAUGAUUGUCAAGGGUAUACCGUUCUUCCUGUGGAACAUGGCAAAACAUAUCGAGUGCGAGUCAUUGGUGGGCUGACAUUUUCAUCUUUGGGUGUGGCAAUUGCACGACACACAAUGACGGUCAUUGAAGUGGAUGGGACACCCAUCAAGCCAUAUCAAGUACCAUAUCUUGAAGUUGCUCCUGGUCAACGAUUCUCUAUUCUCGUCACUGCUGAUCAAGACCCUUCACAAAACUAUUGGAUCGAUACCAAGCCCUAUCAACUGGAGCAAUCGGAUUAUAGCAAUGGUCGUGCUAUCCUGCAGUAUAAUAAGGAGAAGCACGAGAUGCCUCAAGAACUUCCACAAUUCCCACCAGGCCCCAACGAAUGGUACUUCCCUGCUAUGGAACCUGCCGGCGAAUCACCUAAUGGCUUUGAUGGUGCACCUGAUCGUACUAUCAUUCUUACACCUACAGAGGAACGUAUGCCGGAUAAUUCAUCAAGAUGGUACAUCAAUGGACACGAACCACCCAUGUGGGAUACGGCAUUAUUAUAUCAACUCAAGGAAAACAAGAAUCUGGCCAUGAAUCACACAUCCAUCGAGCUCAGCAAGCAAGGCAAUGGUGAUGGGUUUGAUGAGGCGACGCAAUCUUUUCCAUUCUUUCAUGGCGAGGUGGUUGACUUUGUGGUGCAUACCACAGUCAUGCUCAACGAUGGUUUAUGUGCUGGUCAUCCAUGGCACUCCCACGGUCAAGUACACUAUGCCAUUGCUAAUGGUCCUGGCGAGUAUAUCCAUGAGCGUGAUAAGGAUCUACGUACAUACUCCACCCCAAUUGGCAAAGAUACAACGUUUGUGUAUCCUGUUGACCCAGGUUCGGAUGUUCAACCAGGGACACCUUGUGGAUGGACAAAGAUGCGCUUCUUUAUGACAAAUCCUGGAUUAUGGUCAUUCCACUGCCAUAUCAAUGGUCAUAUGAUCCAAGGCAUGAUGACGGUGCUACAAGUGGCGCCCGACCAGAUACCAUUUUUGAAUUAG